CACCUUGGUCUAUGUAAACAGACUAAAACAGUACUUGACACUAAAAACGAGCUAAAAAGAAGAUACUAUCUCAAGAUACAUGGCUACAGCUGGUCAAUUUCCUAGUCAAGAAGCAGGUUUUGACUACAAUGAAUCACAAGAGGAGCAGCAACACUCAGCCCCUAGUGAAGGGGUACUAUCUGAAGACAAGCCACUUAAUUUGAGGGUCCUAGGAGACAACAGCACUUUUACCAUAGGACCACAAGAAAACAAUAUAUCAAGGACUGAGAUGGGUAGCCUUCAAAAUACAUUUCCUGAUUUCAUGAAACAAGAAAAAGUGAAAUUACAGCCAGUUUUACUCUGUUUGGGAGACAUGGAUGGUGCAGGGGGUCGAAAAGAAGCCAUGCAACAGAUGCUAGAAACACCUAUUGCAGAUGGUUUUUCUCCUUACCACAUUCUAGCAUCAAAGAAAUACUACUUGGCUGAUGUAGACACAGGCUUGAAGCUUUAUAAUUAUGGUUUUCAAUCUUAUUCGUUGUUUGCCGACAGUCUCAUUGAUGAUCUGCUUAAAUCUAGAGUUUAUGAACAUGAAUUGCUUAAAAAGCAUAUGAACUGCCUAAGGACACAUUUAAAGGAAAAUAAGUCAAGCAAAGAAAAGGUAAUGAAGCACUUAACAAAGGGGGUCUCUUUAAUCAAAAUUUGGGAUUUAUCUGUUCAUUCUAACGCUUUUCACUUUUUGAGAUAUUUCAGUGGGUUUUUAACCAACAGUCGUCUUUGGCUUUUUGCUGGCCCAGGCAUGUUAAAGCAGCUCGCAGUCGUAGAUACAACAGAAUCAUCAGAAGCAGCACAACCAUUGGAAUCACCAGCAGCUAAAGAUAACCCAAUAAGACCAUGGAAUCUUGAAUUAGAUUACCUUCUCCGCUCUACUAUGAUCUGUAACAAUUCAGUUGGUCCCAUUGGAAAGAGGAGGAAGCCAUGCAAGUUGUUCUUUUCAUGUGGCAGUCAUGAACGUAGCGAUAAAAAAAGAUCUGAUUCCCCUCAAAAAACAGAGAGUCCUACCAGCAACCAGCAGAAUGAGACCAUUAUCCCUCCUUUUUCAAAUAACACUGACAGUACAGUCGACCCAAUAGUACAAGCGCCCCCCAAGUGUACAUUAUCCCCACUGUAUACUACUGGCACCCAACAAGUUGAAGAAAGUAUUUCAGAGAAAAACACAUCACCUGUUGAAGAGGAUCCAAAUCUUUUUCUUCAAGCAGCUAAAGAUGUGAUAAUUUCCAAUUUAGAAGAAGACCUAAGCCACAUUGCCAGACAACUAAAAGUAUCUGAUUUGAUGGAGGAAAGUGUUAUUGACAUACAAAGUGGCAAUAAAAGGGACAGUUUGCAGUCGUAUGUAAAACGUAGUCUUUCUCAGACUGAUGAAGCUGAUGUUCCUAUAUCAUGGCUCUUCCUACGUGGUGCUCUAGAACACAGGGAGAAUAUUUUCAUGAAUAAAGAAGAACUACAUGAGAUUGCAAAAGAGUGUGGGAUUGAGGAGGAUUUUGAAGAUUUUUGUGGAUUUUUCACAUCAUUUGGGAGCAUCUUUGAUAUCAGUCUCAAAUGUCAAAGCAGCAAAAAAAUAGUUAUCAUCAAGCCAGAUGAAUUCUUAUCUAAGGUUAAUAAGGCAUUUGAUAUCAUCAGUAGUCCAGAUGAGCAAGGUUCUAGCUAUAAAAAAGAUGGAAUCAUCACAAGUGAAACAGCCACAAAACUGUUUGGGGCGGCAGAAGGAAAGUCGUUUAUGACAGUUUUCGUGCAAGUUGGUAUAGCAGCUACUAUACCAACUGACCAUGAUGAGUACUACUACAUGCCUUGUGCUCGGAAAUUAAAGCAGCAACUGUUACCUGACAAGGCAGCAGUCAAAGUCCUGCUAAAUAUUCAAUGUCCAACUGUAGUGAACUAUGAAGUUUCUUUCACUGAAUGCAUGCUUAACUUAUAUGGUAAUGAUGCACAGCUUCAGUCCUCUGAAUAUGAAAAUGUGACAAUCAUAAAACUUAUUAAUGGUAGUAACAGCAAUGGCUUCGUAACAAUUAUUUACAGAGGAGAUGAGAUUGAAGUCAAAGUUGAAGCAGCAAAUCACAGCUCACGCUUGGACUAUGUUAUUUUAGUCUUACGAGCCUUUCAACAACUUGCACAAAAAGCAGCAAAUAAUGGGACCUUUGCUUAUGCCUUUGCCACUAAGUGCAAAAAUGAUUAUCACCUGCUAGAUCUGCCUAAUGACCUAUGUGAAAAAUGUCAGAAAAAUGAAGACCUUCAAAUUUGGGCAGAAGCACUGAAACAGGCUCCAAUACAGGAAGAAUUCAAAUUUAAAACUGACAUUACUCCUGAAGAUAUCUCCUUCAUAUCAAGUGGUCUUGAAACUUGCAGCAAGGAGACAUUGAUUUCAUUCUCAAGGAAGUUCUUAAAAUAUAGCUUAGAGGAGGAUUGGGUGAGGGAUUGGGUUUCCCCAAAUUGGCUGAAUGUGAUGUGCAUACUCACUAAUUGGAUGACAAAAGAAAAACGUCAGGGUCAUUUGGUAACUAAAGCAGAGCUGGCAAGAAAGAUCCGUACAUUUGGCAAUGAGAAUAAUAAUACUGAAUUUCAAAUAGUAGGACGGAGACUACUUAGCAAAGUAAUUCAAGAGACUAACACUCUUAAUAGAAGACCUAGUGAUAUAUCUAGGCAAAACUGACAGGUUUCUGACUUAUAGCAGAAGCAACUAUUCAUGUAGACAAUACCUCAGGUUUAAAUGGUAAAGUCGUUGGUGCCAAGAUCAUAAUUAUAUUAUACUUCAUCUAAACUCUUAAUUGGGUGGGUUGGUUAUUUGACACCCAAUGACAGUAUGGGAGGUCGUCUGGACUAUAAUACCCUUAAUGUUUUACAUUCUUCUAGUUAUUAUACUAUCAUUGAUCAAGUAGAUCAUUUUAUAAA